UGGAUUUUGGCUUCAGGACAGACUGGAGGAAACUCACUCGCCCUUUGUUCUCCCUAUCUCACAGUUUACCCCCUCUUUCCCUCCCUCUCUCCUCUUUCUCUGUGUCGUUGGAUGCCAGACGUCUCGGGUUGAUGGCGAGCUGUGGAAUAGAAGGGGGGUGGUGGCAAAGUGUGAAGUGUGUGUGAACGUGUGUGUGACAGCAUUCCUCGUCCUUUGAGCGUGUGCAGAAGGUGAAGAAGACGAACAGAGAAGCUCCAACAACUUGGAGGUUGUUGACACCAGACUAAAGAGGACGAUGUGGGUGGAGGCAGAGUGAAUGGAAAACACUGAGUCCUUCAUUCUUCACUUCAGAACACAACUAUUCACCCAAACCUGUGCAACAAGGAAGCCUCACUGAUCCAAAAUGGCCGCUGUCAGCGUGCUGUUGCUGCUGGCUAUGUUGGCCGUCUGCAGCGGGAGUCUGGUGGUGGUGAACUCGGGUGUGGAGGUCACCAGAGGUCGCUCGGUGUUCAUCACACAGAAGGAGCUGCGGAUCAGCGUGGAUCCGACUGCCGACUGUAAGGUGGAGGUGGUGAUGAACGAGCCUGUCAGUCAGAGGGUGGGGAGGCUGACUCCACAGGUGUUUGACUGCAGCUUCCUGGAGGACGAGGUGAAAUAUGUCCACAAUGGAAGUCCUCUGCUGGACGAGGACACAGUGAUGCUGAGAGUCUACAGGUUCACGUCCUCAGAUACGCAGGUGGAAACGAUGGUUCUGCAGGUGCGGGUGGUGGAGUCAGGGUCCGCUGUGGUGGAGCUGGGCAGCACUCCACUCGUGGUUCCUCUCUUCUACGGCUUAUCCAACGCCAUCGACAGCUCCGUCCUGAGCAUCCGAACCACGGCAGACCUGGUCUGCAGCGUCCGGCUGAUGACCACCGACACCAGCGUCCCCGCUCUGGGUCAGCUGGUGAGGGAGGAGGACUCCACGCAGAGGAAGGGCAGAGAGACGGCAGCGCUCUGUCCCGGGAACAAACCGUGUCUUCACGACACAAAGGAGGUCCGGUUCCUCAAAACCAGCUGCCAGGACUUCCUGAGCUCCGGUCUCAAGUACCAGCACCUCAGCCCUCCGUCACCAGAGAUCGACUACAUCCCCAUCAGGGUGGAGCUGAGGGAGCAGGCUACCAGGGCCCUGCUGGAGGCAGAGUCGGUGUGGUUGCCGGUUCUGAUCCACGGUGCGAUGCAGAACCAGCCGCCUCAGGCCGCCUUCAUGGCUUCCUUCAUCCUGGAGGUGGACCAGUUCAUCCUGACCCCAAUCACCACUGCCUCCCUGGACGCCAAAGAUCAUGAGACGCCGCAGGAGAGGCUGGUCUUCAAUGUGACCGUCCCGCCCGCCGACGGCUACAUCACCCACCUGGAUGACCACACGAAGCCCGUCACGUCCUUCACCUGGCUGGACCUCCACGAGAUGAAGGUUGCCUACCAGCCGCCCAACAGCAGCCAGUCACACCGCAGGAACUACGAGGUGGAGUUUCAGGCUAUAGACAGUUCCUACAUGACCAGCCCGCCCAUCAUGGUCCACAUCUCCAUCAGGGCGGCUGAAACAAACGCACCCAGAGUCUCCUGGAACAUGGGUUUGGACCUGCUGGAGGGUCAGUCCCGACCAAUCACGUGGGAGGAGCUGCAGAUAGUCGACAGUGACAACAUCGACGCUGUCUACCUAGUGGCUGUGGACGGACCUCUUCAUGGACGCCUCAGUGUCAGAGGCGGGAAAGCGUUCAUGUUUCGUGUGCGGGACCUGAGGGAGGGUGUGGUCGUCUACCAUCACUCCGACAGCGACACCACCCGCGACCACAUAGUCUUCCGCAUCAGCGACGGCCGCCACAGCAUCCGCCACAAGUUCCCCAUCAACAUCCUGCCCAAAGAUGACUCCCCGCCGUUCCUCAUCAACAACGUGGCGGUGGAGGUGCAGGAGGGCGGCACCGUGAGGCUGGAGGAGUACAUGCUGCUGGCCUCUGACCUGGACUCUAGUGACGACUACAUCCUCUAUGAGCUGGUCUCCAGCCCGCGGGCGGGGCAGCUAGUCAGAAAGACCUCCACCCACGAGAAAGGAGAUCCUGUGGACAGUUUCCUGCAGAGAGAUCUGAUCCAGGGUCAGAUCUACUACCAGCACUCAGGAGAGGAACAGUUCGAGGACUCCUUCGACUUCACUCUGUCUGACAGCCACCAGCCGCCCAACCUCUCCCAAACAUACACUGUGGUGGUCCAUGUUUUCCCAGUGAAGGACCAGCUGCCGGUGGAAGUCUCCGGCAGCGUGCGCUCUCUGACAGUGAAGGAGACGGAGGUGGUUUACGUCACCCAGGCUCAUCUCCACUUCACCGACAGAGAGCAUCCAGACACAGACCUGACCUACGUCAUCACGCAGCCCUGCUUCAGCCCACUGCAUCCUGGGCUGAUGGAUGCAGGACGUCUCUUCUACACAGACAGCACCAACGCCAUGAAGAGAGACCACAUGGUGCCGGUGUUAAAGUCCUUCACACAGCACGCAGUGAACCACAUGAAAGUGGCCUUCAUGCCUCCCGUGGAGGACAUCGGCCCGGAGCCACUGUUCAUCCAGUUUGUCUUCUCCGUCAGCGACCACCACGGCGGCACCGUCUCCGGCCUUAUCUUCAACAUCACCGUCACCCCUGUGGACGACCAAGCACCAGAGGCCUUCACCAACCUGCUGCAGGUGGAGGAGGGCGGAGGGGCCUUUGUGACCGAGGAGCACCUCCUAGUUCAGGACCGGGACAGCCGGGAGGAGGCUCUGAGGGUGGAGCUUCACAGGACGGCUCGCCACGGCCGGCUGGAGCUGCAGGGUCGGACGCUGCUGCAGGGGGACAGAUUGACCCUGCAGGACCUGAGAGGACUCCGACUCAGGUACAUCCACGAUGACUCUGAGACCACGGAGGAUGACGUUGGUCUGAAGGUGACGGACGGUCUGAACUCGGCAGACGUCAUCCUGCAUAUUCAGGUCCUGCCCAUGAACGAUGAACCUCCCCAGCUGGGUGGGGGUCUGCGUGGGGAGCUGAGCUGCGAGGAGGGGGGGCGGGUCCAGGUAACGGUGGACUACCUGUCGGCCACAGACCGGGACAGCGACGACUCCAGACUGACCUACAUGCUGGCCCGCAGUCCAGGCAGAGGGGAACUGCAGAGAGCUGGACUGACUGUGGACAAGUUCUCCCAGCAGGACCUGCUGCAGGGACACAUCUACUACGUCCACACAGGAGGAGAGAUCGGAGCUGUGCCGGUGUUUGACACCGUCACCCUCAUCAUCUCUGAUGGCGAGGCUGGAGGGACAGACGGCUGUUGUCAUGGAGAUGCUCCGCCCCCACCUGUACCUCUCCACGGCACACUUCCUGUCUACGACCUCAACAUCACCGUACUUCCCGUCAACAACAAAGUCCCAGCCGUCACUCUGGGUGGGUCCAUGUUGGUGGUGGACGAGGGCUCCUCCGCCUGUCUGUGUGGGGGGGUCCUGGGGGCCUCGGACCCUGACAGCCCCCCCGACCAGCUCACCUUCUACGUGGAGACUCCUCCUCUGCACGGCUUCCUGGAAAACACGCUGCCAACGCCGGGCUCCGAGAAGAGCAACGCCGGAGUCCGAGUGGAAUCCUUCAGUUUCGUCCACCUGACCUCGGGUUUCAUCAACUACGUCCAGUCAGAGAGCAAAGGGGCGGAGCCGACUGUCGACCAGCUGUCCAUCUGUGUGAGUGAUGGGCUGCACCGCUCCGCCCCCGUCCCCUUCUACAUCAUCAUCAAUCCCACCAAUGACGAGGCACCUUCACUGCUGCUCGCCAACUUCACCGUGAAGGAGGGCGGGGUGAGGGAGCUGACUCCCUCCAUACUGAACGGUUUCGAUCUGGACGCCCCGCCGGACAUCCUGACCUUCACGGUGGUGCAGCCGCCGGCUCAUGGCAGCCUGAUCAACGGCAUCUACGGCACAGACAUGAGCCGCUACAAAGAGAUGGGAGCCGACCUCCUGCAGAGGAGCCUCCCCGUCACCUCCUUCACUCUGCAGGAGCUCCGACAAGGCAUGAAGAUCGUGUACAUGCACGAUGACACAGAAACCCUGAAGGACGUCGUGGCUCUGCGGCUGACAGAUGGCGUCCACACAGUCCAGGGGACGGCUCAGGUCACCGUGCUGCCGGUCAACGACGAGAAGCCGCGGCUGCUAAAGAACGCUGGGUUGGAGGUGGACUCUGGUGAGCGCAGGGUGAUCUCCAGCGUGACUCUGGAGGCCGAGGACCUGGACACACCUCUGAACCAGGUGUACUACUUCCUGAACGCUGAACCACGCUUCGGCAAACUGCAGCUCAAGACAGAGUCGGGUUGGACUGAGCUGUCGGCCGGCCAGAACUUCACUCAGGACGACGUUGAGAUGAACCGUCUGUGGUACGCACACACAAUCAACACCAACAGCGCCGGGUUCAAAGGUCACGACAGCUUCCGCUUCACCCUCAGCGACCUGGACAACGAGACUCCUGCACAGAGCUUCUUCAUCUCGGUCCACACCAUGCAGAAAGGUGACUUGGUGCUGCUGACCAAAGCAGUACACCUGACGGAGGGGCAGCGGGUCGUCCUGAACACCGACAUCCUGCUGGCAUCGGACUCAGCCGGUCGUCCGGAGGAGCUGGUCUACACGAUGUUGACCCCGCCUCUGCAUGGCCUCGUCCACGCCAUCCAGCAGCCGGGCAUCCCUCUGAUCACCUUCACACAGCUGGACGUCGCCGCACACCGAGUGUGCUACACCCACGACAACAGCCACCACGCAGAGACCGACUCCUUCAGUUUCGUCGUCACUAACGGCGACUCAUCCCGCAGCGGCACCCUCCACUUCACCAUCGAGCACGGCGACCGCGUCCCACCCACCCUCCACCACAACACGGGCCUCCGGCUGCAGGACGGCUCCACAGAGACCAUCACCACCGACCAGCUGCAGCUCACCGACCCCGACACCACCGCCGCCAACCUGAGCUUCAUCAUCACGCAGCCGCCACGCCACGGCAAACUGCUUCUGAGAGGAGUUCCACUGUCGCCGCCGCUGAGGUUCACCCAGACAGAUGUGGCCGAGCUGAACCUGGCGUACCAACAUGACCUGGGCAGCCAGGCGGACAUCGACAGGUUCUAUUUCCUGCCGACCGACGGGAACAACAGAGGAUACCUGGAGUUUGGACAGCUGAGGGAGGAGCCUGCUGUCUUCAACAUACAGGUGGAUCGGGUGGACAGGACGCCUCCCAGUCUGACCACCAGGCGGAGUCCCAGCACCGUGGUGGAUCUGGGCGGCGGGCGUUUCGGCAUCUUCAUCACCUCCAAACACCUGCAGGCCUCCGACCCCGACAGCCCCACAGAGGAGCUGGAGUUCUCCAUCACCAGGCCGCCGCACUUCGGCUACCUGGAGAAUGCCCUCACAGGUGCUUACAUCAAAGGUCGUUUCACCCAGCGGGAUGUAGACCGGCGUGCGGUGGUGUUCGUCCUACCGGCCGACAUGGAGGUGACAGCCGACAGCUUCCAGUUCCGCCUCACCGACCCGGCAGGAAACACCAUGCUGCCUGAAAUACUGGAGCUGUCCUGGUCUCGGGUGGAGUUGUCUGCGACCUGCUACAGAACCUGUGAGACGGCGGGAACCCUUCAGAUCCAGAUUCAACGCAGUGGGAAGAGUGUGGAUCCAGCGUACGUUGCCAUCCAGGUGGAGGACGGAUCGGCCAAACCGGGCAGAGACUUCACUCACAGCUCAGCCAGUCUGAUCCAGUUUGACCCAGGAGUCAGUGUGAAGACCUGGAACAUUUACCUGAUAGAUGAUGGUCUGGAGGAAAACCAUGAGACCUUCACUGUCACUCUGAAAAACCCUAAAAACGCCGUCCUGGGACAGAGGACGUCCGCCACUGUCGAGAUCAUCGACCCCAGAGGAGGAAGGUGUGAUCCAGAUGACCUGAGGGUGGAGGAGGACGAGAAGAGACUCCCCCCACCUCAUCCUCCUCCCCGCCUCCCUGAGCCUCCCAAACCGGAGGAGGAGGACCCCGUCACCGACAUCGAGGCGGAGCUGUUGUGGGAGAGCCAACCUCACCCUCCCCGCGGGGACGUCCCGAACCGCCGGGCCUACCUGGACUACGGAGAGGGGGAGCCACAGGACCAAGCAGUCCCCAACAGUUACAGCCAAAUCCACCACUACAGCAGGCAGCUGCCGGGGACAGGCUCAGGGAGCACUGGGAGCACUGGGAGCACUGGACACAGGGUCAAACAUGGAGGAUUAAAGGUCCAUCUGUCAGGAGACAGGAGGUCUGAGGAGAAGGUCUGGACGUUCCACAGUCUGACUCCUCUCCGGCUGGAGGAGCUGAAGCCGGGUGAUGCCGGGUGGAGCUGGUUGCCUCACGGUGGCCUCCUCCAGGACCUCCCAGUUGGAGACCCUCCUCAGAUGGAUCAUCCAGAACUCAGACACCACCCAGAGCUACGCCAGCGCAAGACAGGGAAGUUGGUGAGCAGCUCCUGUCCUGACGGUUGGACUCACUACAGGAGACGCUGUUACAUCGUCAGCUCGUCUGUGGCCAGCUGGGCCAGCGCCGAGAGGAGCUGCUCGCUACUGUUUAACAGCAGCCUGACCAGCGUGCGCUCCAGAAGAGACAUGACCUGGCUAUGGAAGUUUGCAGGGAGGAAGCCAUUUUGGAUCGGUCUGUCUGGAGGUCCAGGUCGCUGGAUGUGGGCUGAUGGUCGGUCAGUGUCCUUCUCCAGACUGAGGGGAGCGCCACUGGGCCGCGGUGAGUCCGACAUCGGCUCAGAUUGCGUGCUGGUUGAAAACCCCAGAAGCUGGAUCUCUACAAGCUGCUCCCCUGAAACUCAACACACAUUCAUCUGUUCAUCUCCGGCUCACACUCACUGAGAGACUCAUAUUUUCUGCUACCAGCUCUGUCCUAACGACCUCUGUGAACGCUGUGUUGAAGUCAUAUUUAAAGAUACGCAAAGAUGCUGCUCUGUACAUUAGUUUUCAUAUUUUUGUCAUAAUAAAGA